UCCAUGGCAGAUAUACGUGACAUUGUCACAUUUGCCUAUUUUAUUAAUUAGUCUUCGUGAAUUUGUCAAAAUUACCUGUUAAAAAUGUUGCAAUUAGGAUAAAAACAAAAGUCGCCCUUUGUGAAGAACCCAAAGCGUUUUCAUGCAAAGAAAGUGGUAUUUACUAUCUCCCAAAAAUCCCCAAGCACGCCACAGUAAUACCUCAAAAAGUUACAAGGAAGAUCUGGAUGGUAAUCGCUCCUCAGCAUCCAGUUUAACUUUGACGGAAGAGGAAGUAGACAACGUUGUUCUUGUUGACGAAGCGUCAUAUAUUUCGGCAUGUCGAAAAACUCCUGACGACGAUAAAGAUUCAACCACAGGGGACAGCAAUACAGCGAACGGUACUGAAAGUAACAGUAACAACGUCAAUGACGCGGUCAAAAGCAAUUUGAAGCUUAUCGAUGAUGUGAUAAACAAUGUAUUGGCCUUGCAGUAUGAAAUAGUGUCGUUUUCGGGCAGUCAAGAGGACAAAAAGUAUUUAUACCUUGAAGAUGCAAUGGUCAAAUAUCUGGUACUCUUGGACAGUAUAGAAAGCAACAAUAACGAAGAUGUUAGGUUUAAAAGGAAAGAAGCUGUUUUCCUGAUACAGCAGCACAUUGAUUUAUUGGACGCCAAAACCACUGAAAAUAUACGUAAUAGACUAGUAGCUAAUAGUAGAGAUCAAGAGUUAGGAAGUCAAGGGCAAAAUGCACAGUGGUCAAACUAUCGAGGCGAACCCUUGCAUCCGAGGCAAAGAACGACUAUUCAAGACAUGCUCCCCGAUAAUUGGAAGAACUAUACGACGCCAUAUCCUCAUAGACAAAAUGUUCAUAAUCAAAAUACAAUUUUUAAUCAUUGGGAAGAAAGUGGUAAUAGCCAAUAUCCACAUGUUCCCAUGGAAAUAGACGAAGAUGAUACAGAUUUUGAAUUAUAACCAUUAGGAAGGAAUUGACUGAAAUGUGACUUUUAUUAAAGAGAAUUGCAAAUUAUGGUUAACAAUUAUCGCUGAAAAUAUUUAAUCUAAUAGGAUAACAAGAUAAUAAAAAACAAUUUCUCGUAA